UCCUCUUCCAUAUGUUUUACAGAUAAGAACAAACCUCAGGGCGGUGGCGAAGUGACGUCAGAGGUGCAUAAACAGACGCAAGGUGCAAAUAUUUCGGUUCUGACUGCCUCUAUCAACAAACUGCAGCAGGAGAAAAACCAGCUGCAGAAAGAGAAGGACGACCUGCUCGCCAAACUGGCUAAGGUCAAGAUGGCCACUAAAGCUCCUGAGGUGAUCAAGUCAACGACCAAAUCGACGACGGCGGCCCCCAUCAUCUGCCCUGCAGACUGGCAUCUCUUCAACAACAGCUGUUACUUCAUCUCCAGAAACUCAAGGGACUGGCCGGAGAGCCAGUCGUUCUGCCAGAGCCAAGGAGGUUACCUGGCUAUCAUCCUCACAGCCGAGGAGCAGACGUUUCUGUGGAAUCUUCUUCCCAGAGGCCACUGGAACGCCUACUGGUUUGGGAUCACUGACGAGCACACAGAGGAUCAGUGGAAGUGGGUGGAUGGCACCCCGCUGGUUGGCGGGUAGGUUUACUUCUUUCACAACUCUUCUGACUCCUGACAGUUCAGAAGUAAACUGCUACGACAGCUGAAGUUAUGACGUCAUGCUUUUUUUUCAUUUCACAGCUUCUGUUCCUCAACAAUCUCUUAUUCAGCAUUUCUGUCAUUCGUCACUUUAAAAAAAGGAAGCGUGUGUACAGAUUAACAUCCACUAAAGCAGAUGCUAUUAGAACUUGUAACCCUUUUGAACAAGUUCAACAGUUAAUUUGAGUCUUAGGCCAUUGUAACUCUUCCCAAAUGUAAAGAAAAGCUGCACUUUCAAAGCUGUGGUAGAGAGGGGAAGGAAGGGAAGAAAAGAGGAAAAGGA